AUGGUACAGUUUAAAUCUUUAAUUGAAGACCUACAGCUUAAUUUCGAUGAUGUCCCCAUUGUAAUUGGAGGGGACAUAAAUGCUAGAGUAGGUGCACAAAACUCUGAUGUUGCUGAUAUCUUCGCUGAUACCUUUUUAUAUGCUGAAAGACUUUUCAGCGAUCAAAAUAUUAACAACCGAGGCCUUUUUAUAUAUGAUUUCAUGUCAGAGCUUGGCUUUAUCUUACUCAACGGACGCACUGCCAGUGACUAUCCUUCACAAUGGACGUUUUGCAACUCGAACGGAAUGAGUGUAAUAGAUUUAGUUUGGAUAUCACAAAAUGCUCUCACGCUAGUUAAAGAUCUUCGAGUCUUGUCAGACUUCACCUCCUUAGAUCACUUUCCGGUUCUCCUGGAGCUCCUAACUAACGAGCCCAAUGUGCUUGAACAUCAGUCACCAAGCUCUUCUUGCCCCUCAUAUAAAUGGAAACCUGAUGCUUCCCACGCAUACCUGAUGUACCUUGCCGCUGCUGACUGUUCAGAAUUCUUCAACAGUGAUGAUGUUAACUACCGUUCUUCCUUCCUCACGGAACUAAUUAAGGAAGCUGCUUCUUAUGCUGGACUCCGCAAGGAUCGUAAGACUCCAAACAACUUUGAUUCGAAGCCCUGGUUUGAUCAUGACUGUGUCAAUGCUAAAAAAACGGUAUCGGAGUGUCUUAAAAAAUGCUUCAAAGUCAACUUCCAAUCUGAAGACAAACUAGAGUAUUUAAGGGCUAAAAAAUACUACAAGGAAGUAACUAAAGCCAAGAAAGAAAAAUACAUAGAAGACCUGAGAACCAAAUUCUCAAAUGUUAGGAAUUCUCUGGAAUUUUGGAAAGCAGUAAGAUGCUACUCACCCAGACCUAGGCUACAAAAAGGCCCGUCUAUCGAGAGCUGGAACAACUUCUACCGGAACGCAUACCCAAACGUCCAAUGUGUGCCUCUACCCAAUGGGAUUUCUAGAGUAAGUGAACUCGACCUGGAAAUUACAUUUAGCGAACUGGAUAGAUAUUUAAAACACCUCAAAACUGGAAAGGCACCGGGCCCAGACCUAAUCAACAAUGAAUUUUAUGCUCAUUUACCCACUAACCUAAAAAUCUGCUUACUCUCACUUUUCAAUAGAAUAUUCGAGAUGGGACGAGUACCUGAGAACUGGAGCCAUGUCCUACUCACUAUGAUUUUCAAAUCUGGUGAUCGUCUAGAUCCACUAAAUUACCGUGGGAUCGCGUUAGUUAACAGUGUAACGAAAAUCUUCACAGAAAUCCUUAGGGCAAGACUUGAAAGCUGGGCAGAAAAAUACAACGUUUUACCUAUGUCGCAAUUUGGUUUCCGUCGAAACAGAAGUUGUAUUGAUGCGUACUAUGUACUCCAAUCUGUACUGCGCUUUAGAUUGCGUCUAGCUCUUGCAAAAGCCUAUGCGCUGUUUGUUGAUUUUAAAAGAGCCUUUGACUCGGUUCCUCAAGAUAAACUCUGGGCUAAACUCAUCAAUUUGGGGGUAAGCACCAAAAUCAUUCAUGUACUAAAAAGCCUGUAUGAUUCAGCUACAGUACAAGUUAGGCAAGAGCAGGAGCCUUCUUAUAAGUUCCGAGUUACUGAAGGAGUCCUCCAAGGAGAAAGCCUCUGCCCUCUUCUGUUUAUCUUAUUUCUAUCGGACAUUGAAGAAUUUUUCCGCAAGAGAAAUUGCACGGGCUUAAAUUUAAAUAAUAUCUCAGACAUCCUCAUGCUAUUAUAUGCUGACGACAUGGUUCUCCUUGCAUCUAGUCCCAAAGAUUUAGAGGCUAUUAUUAAAACUCUGGAAAAGUACUGUGACAUUAACGGUCUAACUGUAAAUACUAGUAAAACUAAGGUAAUGGUGUUCAGGGAGCAUGGUAGGCUCAAACAGCGGUUAAAUGAAAGAUUUGUGUAUAACAAAGAGAAACUAGAAAUCACAUCUUGCUACAAAUAUCUGGGUAUAGAACAGCAACAAAUGCGGUGUUGA